UGUGCUGUUUGAAUUGUUUGCUGGAUGUUUUGUUUGAUGUAUGCUUGUUUGAGUUGUACUUUUGCUAUUAGUUCUCUGUUUAGCCUGUUCUGUUAGUUAUGCCUAUUAUGUAAGUUAUGUAUGUUAGUUCUGUUAGUCAUGCCUGUCUUGCGAUUUCUUCGUAUUGGCCAUUUGAACCUGGACUUUCAUCACCAUGAACCUGGAUUUGCCCUAAAAAAAAGUCGCUUAUCUCAGCGUAUGCGUCCGCCUCCACGCUCCCCACCGUUACAGUGUAACACCGCAUGUGCUACCCCAGGCCUUAAGGAGGAUGCUGGAGGCAGGAUUCAGCUCUUUUUAAAAAGCGCUCAUCGGCGCGCCAGAGCCAAGAGGGAACAAGAGCUCACCGCUCUGCCUCCCUGUCACUGCCCCCAGCUGGCAGCUCGGCUGUCUGGGUCGAAUGUGAGGCGUAGUGAAGCGGCCUUGCUGCGUAACAGGGGGCAGGGCCUGGGCGGCGGAGCUCCUCACUCUGGUGCCUCUUGUGGCUGGCACCAGCAUCCUCGUCCUCCUCCUCCCGGCGUCACACUCGUGACUCGUGUCCGUCAGGGGAUCACGGGCUUUGCGCUCUGCCCCCUCCACACUUACGGGUCUCUCCGUGGCAUCCUCGUCGAGGUUUGUCGCCGCCUUCCUGCCGACCCUCGUGGUCAUCAUCAUCGGGGCCCAGGGGGUGGGCGCAUGCCACAAUUAGCUUUACAUCUCUGGUACAAAAUUAAAACCUGUCUUGGGUGA